GACUGAGACAAACACCGCUGGUCGUCACAUGGGUGCUCAGAGGAAGCAAGAAAAAAAAGCGAGAUCGCUUCCUGAAAUGCUCCUCGUCACUAGCUGCGUCUUUCGUUCGCCUCCUUAGCGCGAAUCCUUUGAUUUCUCUCCUUUUUAUUUUGUUCUUUUGUUUUUGUUGUGCGAGUCCGUGCUGACGAUGAUAAGCAAAGUGAAAAGCGCCAUGUCCACGCUGGUGGGAGGGAUGAUGCCCCACGGCCACCACCACCACCACCAUCACAACCAUCACGGCGGCGCAGGCGGCGGCGCGCAGUCCGGGGGAGCUGACGGCCUGCCGCCGCGGUUCCCCUACGGCCGCCCGGAUUUCCUGGAGCUCACUCCGGAGCUGCUGCAGUACUCUACCGAGCACGUCUCGCGGCCGGUGCUCACGCUCAAGCGAGGCAGGAAGCUCCCAUGGCACACCGGAUACGCCGAGGUGAUCAACGCCGGCAAAAGCAUGCUGAAUGAGGACCAGGCCUCCUGCGAGAAGCUGUUUGUGAGGAAGCCCAACAGCAAACAGCGUAACUCCACUCUGCUGGAUGACAACGAGGAUGGCACUGGGAUCCCCCUUUACUUCUGGGGCGUCUUUGACGGACAUGCCGGUUCUGGUGCCGCCAUCAUGGCCUCCAAGCUGCUGCACCGCCUCAUUAGGGACCGUCUGGGCGAGAUCUUUCACUUGCUGAAUAACCAUGAGGGGGCGCCACCUCCCAUCUGCUUGGCCAAGAACGGCAGCCCCUACCAGGCUGAUAUCAAGAAGGGGGCAGCGCAGGAGUCGGAGGAACCUGACGCUGUCAGCGAUUCAGCGGUGCGCUACCACAUGGAGAAGGUCGUCAGCCUGGAGAGCCUCGUGAUGGGCGUGAUUGAGACUGCAUUCAAGCAGAUGGAUGACCUGAUCGAAAAGGAGAAAGCGUCAUAUGCUAUAUCUGGCGGCUGUUGUGCCUUAGCUGCCAUUCAUCUCAUGGGAAAACUUUAUGUGGCCAAUGCUGGAGAUAGCAGGGCUAUAAUAAUCCGGAAUAAGGAAAUUGUUCCCAUGACCAACGAGUUUACACCAGAGUCAGAGAGACAACGGCUACAAUAUCUGGGCUUCCUGAGGCCUGAGCUCCUGGGCAAUGAGUUCACUCACAUUGAGUUCCCGCGCAGAAUCCAGCAAAGUGAGCUGGGCAAGAAGAUGCUAUACAGGGACCACACCAUGAGUGGCUGGGCUUACAAGACAAUCGUUGAAGAUGAUCUGAAAUUUCCGCUUAUAUACGGAGAGGGUAAAAAGGCACGCGUCAUGGCGACUAUCGGAGUGACUCGUGGUUUGGGGGAUCACGAUCUGAAAGUGUAUAGCUCCAAUAUUUAUAUCAAGCCGUUCCUCUCGUGCGUCCCAGAGGUACAGGUCUACAACUUUGAUGACAACAAACAUGGCCCAGACGACGUCCUAGUCAUGGGCUCAGAUGGACUUUGGGAUGUAACCACGGACAAGGAGGUGGCUGACGCAGUCUCAGCCUACCUGGCAUGUUGCGAUCCCUCGGACCCCAUGAGGUACACACUGGCGGCACAGGACCUACUGAUGCGCUCCCGAGGAGUUCUGAAAGAGCGCGGUUGGCGGCUCCCCAACGACAGGCUGGGCUCGGGCGACGACAUCACUGUGUUUGUUGUCCCAUUGGCAGGACACGAGGCAGAGACAUGAGACAUAACAUCUCCCAGCUCAAAAAGAGAGUGGCGACCACCCCCAUCUCACAACCCCUACCGAAGAAGACUCGGGUCUGAGCAGCACCUUCAUCCACCUCCAGAUUUUGGACCCUGCACCUCCUGACUCAUAACAGAAACAUUUUCACUGGUGUCGACUUCCUUGGCGAUGGUUGCUGGUGAAAUUUAACCCCCCUGCGUAGUACUUACUCUUCACAUUCAAGGCUGGGCAGCUAGUUUGAAAACUCAGCAUGGACUGUACAUCUUCACACCUCUCACAAUUGUGAUUCCUUUUUGCAUAAACGAGCCUCUCUGUAGCGUCACGAUUGUGAGGAAACCAAAGAGAUGCCUCCAUGGCACGAGGAUGGAAUGAAAACAUCAUGAAAAAAAAAGAAACAUGGGGUUGAAGUAAAUGGACUUUUUCCUGUGCCACACACGUAAUCAUUAUCAGUCUGUAUUCUCCUUUGUUGGUGAUGAAGGUAGGACAGCACUUGAAGAAUGUUUGCACAUAUGUUGUCUUUGGUGUGGAAAACAGCAGACACUGUACAUGUUAAGCAUGAAGGAUCAGAAUCAUUGCUUUUUUGUUAUUUUAGGAUAACGUUAACGUCUAGGUAUAGUAAGCUGUGAUAAAAUUCACACAUAUGCCUUAUUAAACGAUGACUAAAGUGUUUGUAUUGUCAUACCAUGUGAGAAAUAUGACCUUAAAUGUACCGUAUACCUCUCUUCUAUUGUUUUUGUCAUGAUGAUCGUUAUUUAGAUUUUCCAUAUAUUUUUAAAGAGUACGGAAAAUGUUUUAUUUUUUAUCUUUCUUAUCCAUAAGUGCUUGUUUAGGACGGUGACGUGUGUUAUAUAAGAUAAGGCCGGCUGAAAUGUGAAUGAUGUCAUGUUCCUCUUUAGAAAUAAAUCACAAUUUCCCAUUUG